CUUUUGCAAUCAAUGCAUUCCCACCUACCGUAUUGAGUAUAUCGCUUGAGUGACAGCCGAGUGCGCCUCCUGCGAAACUCCACGGCAGGCAACAAUGAAGCCGGAGGACGACAGCGGCAGCACAUUACUGUUCACGGCACAGCCACCAACACAAGACGCCCUGGCUUUCCUCCUGGAGGACAAGAUGUUUGACAUUGUCGGAUGCAUAUCAACGCGGCUGCUGGGUCCUGCCAAGUAUGUGUUGCACAAGAGCACGUUGGAAAAAAAGUUCAGCGAUCCAGACGAGCAGGCGCGUGUUGCACCCCUGCUAAGCAAGCUCAACUUGGCGGAUAUCAAGCCGAGCGACCUGGGCAAGGUGCUGGACGCCGGUUACUACAAGCGCAACUGCACGUCCCACGCUAACGACGCGGAGCUUGAGCGGCAAGUCAAGAAGUUCAUCGGCAUAGGAGGUGUCGCCAUGCUGCAGAACGAGUUUCCGAUUGAGUGCGCGCUGCUCCAGGCCUUCGAUGACAUCAAGGGCCAGUUCUUGUAGCCAGGCGCUGGACGCAUGAAUGUGGCUGAGCGGUGAAGGUGGGGCGGAGUUUCUUGCUGUGGGAUAGGCGAGCUGGCUUUCACGGGGGGUGGCUAUGUGGCUGUUCGUAAAUCCUGGUUUGAAGGCAAGUAAAUUGAAGGUUGUGAUGGAGGGGAGAGGGUAAAGCGCAAUACGACGGCACACUUACGGUUGCAUGGUUAUCGUUUGGGGAGGAGGAGGAGCGGGGCGGAGCUAGGGAUGCGGUUGCAGCUUGCAGCUACAGUGGUUGGGGC